UACCUCCCCAGAUUGCCCCUUGGGUUUGGGCCUUUCACUGGCUCAUAUCCAGGAAUGUGCUGAUACAAGCACGUCUCCACCCGCCGUAGUGAUCACAUCCUUGUAUAUUGGUCUGUGCCGAAGCUGCAGCAAGAAUGGAGUUGCAGACCCUGCGGAGCUGGCAUGGACGGAUCUCUCAAGAGCUGGACACAGUGAUGGAUUUCUGGCUGCGGCACUCCCAUGAUGAAGAAUAUGGGGGGUUCUUUACAUGUCUGGGCCAGGAUGGGAAAGUUUACGAUGACCUGAAAUAUGUCUGGUUGCAAGGCAGGCAGGUGUGGAUGUACAGUCGGUUGUAUCGAAAAGUGCCAAGAUUUAGGCGCCCUGAACUCCUGCAGGCAGCUCGAGCAGGUGGGGAGUUCCUGCUGCAGCACGCGCGCGUGGCACCUUCCCAGAAGUGUGCCUUUGUUCUGACCCGGGACGGGCGCCCUGUGAAAAUCCAGCGCACCAUUUUUAGCGAGUGCUUCUACGUCCUUGGGCUGGAUGAGCUUGGACGAGCAACGGGAGAAUCCCAUUACCAGAGGGAAGCCCUGACGAUGAUGGAAGCCAUUGUGCGCUGGGUGAGGGAGGACCCCUCUGAGCUGGGGCGGCCACGGCUGGCGGGAGCUACCCCCCAUGACUCAAUGGCUGUUCCCAUGAUGCUCCUCAACCUGGUGGACCAGCUGUCGGAAGGAGAUGCAGAGGCUGCAAGCCGCUUCAGCGAGCUGGGGAGGUGGUCUGCUCAGCGAAUACUCAUGCACGUGCAGAGGAAUGGCGCUGCUGUGUUGGAGAACGUUUCUGAAGACGGCAAGGAACUGCCAGGGUGUCUGGGAAGACAACAGAAUGCUGGCCAUGCACUUGAAGCAGGCUGGUUCCUGCUCCGUUACGCCCAACGCCAGCAUGACUUGGCCCUCCUGUCCCAGGUUGUGGAGAAAUUCAUCAAGCAGCCAUUCCAUUCAGGCUGGGACCCUGAACACGAGGGACUCUUUGCCUUCCAGGAUGUCGACAGGUUCUGCCCUACACAGUUAGAGUGGAAAAUGAAGCUUUGGUGGCCACACACAGAGGCCAUGAUUGCAUUCCUGAUGGGCUUUGCUGAGACUCGAGACCAAGAGCUGCUAGAGCUGUUUGACCAGGUGGCUAAAUACACCUUUGCCAAGUUUCGUGACCCAGAGACAGGCGAAUGGUUUGGCUACUUGACUCAGGAGGGCAAGGUGGCUCUCACCAUCAAAGGAGGGCCAUUUAAAGGCUGCUUCCACGUCCCCCGUACUCUCCAUAUGUGUGAAGAAAUUCUGGAAUCGCUCAUCAAGGAGACUGAAUCUACUACCCAGGAAUAGGAUGCUCCCUUGCCUCUUGUAUUAAGUUAAGGGCAGAGUCUUCUCCAUAGUCUCUCUCUGAUGGACUUCAAUUCCACCCAUACUUCUCUCCAACUAUGACAGAAGACUGAAGAACUCCCUUCCAUCUGCUUCUCAUUCCAGCUCCAACAGCCAUCUUUCUGCUCCUGACCAGACUUGAUUUGGCAGCAUCAUUUUGAACAAGGAGCAGAGUGUCAGUUGAUAUUUUCUUUAAUGCCCCCAUUUUCACCCUUAUUAUGGAGCCUUUGCUGGAGCCUGCCGAUUAAUCACUGCUUAACACCUGCCCUUUCUUCUGCAUCUGUGCAAUAGAGAAUCAUUGUAAAAAU